AUGGGUAAGCUGGUCGCCAAAUUUAGGCAUGAACGGCCUCCAACCCCUCCACAGCGGCCACGACUUUUGUGCUCGUCGAAAUAUGUCGUGGCUCCGGUUUCUUACGGUGGUCGACAUCCAAUCAUUCUCUCAAUAAACCGCGAGUCCCGUGAAGAAGCACUCCGCCACCUCACCCCUCUGUUUAACGCAUACUGGAAUCUGGAGAUCGAUGCGCCUUAUUUCGAAUGGGAUCCUGAAGAGGAUAUGUUGCUCACUAGGGAGAUGAGACUAGCGGGUGAGUUGGAUGUGUUCAAAAAUCUCGCAAUCGACUGGACAAUUUGGUGUCUUGGUUUCAUGGAAAUCCCAGUAAGAUGGUACAAUAAUGGCAAAGUGGAAUUGGCUGCACCGGGACUUAACCAGAAUAGAAUUGCGACACUCAAAAAUUUGCCCAACAUCAAGUGUUGCACACUUGUACCUACCAAUCGCACAAUGCAACGGGAUCUACUUGAGUCGGACGUGCCUUGGACUUUAGGUCCAUUGUCCGCGGACACUAUGUUAGACGAUGGUUGGAAGAAGGUUGAAAAUCGUGCCCUAACGGAGAUUGAACAUGCGAGAAUGCGCUUGCUUGAGGGUAGACUUGCAUUAGAUCUUCACUUGAUGACUAUUCAUGGUAGGAAGAGAGAGCCUUUGCCGCCGGGCAAGCCUAAAAAGUUGUUUGGACAGACAGCCCUGUCAGACUUGCAGUGGUACCCGCACGACGAUGGCAGAGGCUGUACAGACGCUCCCGUGUUUUGGAAACAAUAA